AAUAAAAAUGGCGGGGAACGCGGACCUGCCGCCGGGGCUGGACGAGGGGGAAGGCGAGGGGAAAGAGGUCGCUUCGGGAGCCGUGUCAGCCUCGGCCUCGUCCGGGGGCCCCGUAGAGGACUUCCGGGUACGCUGCUCCUCGCAGAAAGCUGUGGCCGACGUGCUGAAGUUGUGCGGCCGCUUCAUCCGGGAGCUGGGCGACGUCUUGCCCGAAGAGACCCGCGAGCUGGCGCUGAAGGACGCGCUGUGGAAUUUUGAAACUGCUGUGCAGGAGAAUGUUAGUUUCAAUGGGGAGGCUUGGCAGGAAACUUCAGAUAAAGAACUUUCUGUAGAUCCCAAGAUCAGAAUUCUUGAAGAUCAAUUUGAUGAAGUUAUAGUAGAUACAGCUACGAAACGUAAGCAGUAUCCCAGAAAGAUUGCCGAAUGUGUCAUCAAAACUAUGAAAGCACAACAUGAACUUUUGAAGCACUACCGACCUGUUAUACAUGCAGAGGAGAUAAAAUCUGAUGCUAAACAAGAAUCUUACAUGGAAAAUUUGAAAAGCAGAGGAGAAACAGCUACCAAGCAGAUUACUGAAAUAACAAAGACCUUGCCAGCGUUGAUUGAGCAAGCAGAGGGGUUCUCCAAAGUUCUAACGAUGCAGCCCAUUCUACAACUUCAAAAGCUCCAUCAAGAAGUUUUCUCUGGAAGCCAUUCGAAAGAAGCUAUAAAACCUGAGAACUUUAUAACACAAAUAGAAACCACCCCCACAGAGACUAAUGCCAGGAAAACCACUAACAUAGUGUUGAGGAGAAAGAAACCUAAAAACUCUCCACAAAGAAAACAGUAUCCAUUGUUGCAAAGGAGAAUUGAUCUUGAUUCAUGAGAUGCUCCUGUUUGUCUUGGAAGUGGUAAAAGGGCUUUAUCUGUAGCAUUAAGCCUAACUGAAACUUUUUGCAGAAUAGGAAAUGAAUUUUUUCAACCAGUCAUGCAUUAAGCAAAUGUAAUAACUAUAUAACCAAUCAAUGAACUUGUGAUAUAGAUAUAGUGUAUAUAUUUAUUCACCAUUUCAACUGCAAUGAGAUGAAAAACUUGUGUUUGAGUUUGUGAUAUAAUGGCCAUAAGUAGGCAGUUCUGGUGUAGAUGUUCCAUAUUCUCAAGUACCAUCAAUUUUUUUUGUUUUGUUUUGUUUUCAUGGUCACUUUCAUGGAAUUUCAUGGUUGAGAUAAAUAAACUAUUAGACUUCCAUGAAUUAUAUUUUUUUAAAUAAAGGUAGCUUACUAACAAUUUAUAUGUUUAACCUAUUGAAAAGGAAUCAUCAGUUAUGAGCAAUAGAUGUAAUUUUGACUUUAUAAAUUAAUAUCCAGAUGGGAAAAUGAUAUUAAUAGUGUUAUUCCUAUUCUUAAUUUGGAUUUUUCAUUUGGACUUAAUGAAUCAAUAUUUUCGUGUGAGACUUUCAAAGGUUACUUAUGUUUAUUUAGACAGUAUUCUUGUAAAUAAAAGGAGACUCCAUUGUUUUCCUUGUACAAUGUAUAUAUUUUUUAUAUUUCAUAAAGCUUUUAGUCUUCAAACAGCAUUUGACUGUCAAGUACUGUUUUCAGAUUUUAUAUUUGUGUUUAGUUCUAGUUCCAAGUAUUUGUGUCAGAUUAACACUUUGAUACAUAAUUUUGACACAUUAUGAAAGAAUGUAUAUGUAUCCAUACUGAACUAUUUUACAUCAAAAUAAUAUGUAUGUAUUAUAUAUGUAAUCAUUGUUAGAUUGACUGCAAGAGAGUGAAUAAUCCUUUAUCUUCCAUAUUUUUUUCAAGUCACAGUUUUUAACAUUUCCUUAUUAUAGCUUUAAGUCACAGUAUAAAGACAACCAUACAGUUUACCGUAUGUUUUUCUGUUUUCGUGACUGACAAUAUCAUCUAUUUUCAAAGGCUUUUGCUAAUUGUGAAAUUGAAAAAUCUCUCUUUAUUGGUUAUCAUACUGGUAGUAUCUUAAUCAUAAAUAUCUGAUUUUUACAAAAUCAGAAUUCCCUAAAUAAGAAAAUUGUAAAAGUAUUUUGUGUAUAUUUAUAUCACACUUGUAUUUGUAUAUUUGUAAAUAGAAAUGUAGUUUAUAUUAAAAUAAUAACACAAACAA